UUGUAUUGUAAAAAGUUUUCGCAAUUGAUAACAAUGGGAUAAAUAAAUAAAUAAUGUGGUUAUAUAACGAAAUAAUUGAUAAUAAACAAAAAAAAAUGAAAAUAAGUAACCAAAAUGAAAUUGAUUAACACUUUAUUGACAUUCGCGAUAUGUUUUACAUUAAUUUUCGGUGAUUAUAUAGUUUUCAAGAGUAAAUAUUCGAAUAAUCACAUGUGCCGUGCAUUUACCGAUAACUCCGUCCACGCUGCUGUCGGUUUACUCUCGUCUUUACUUUUUUUUAACCAUGGAAUUAAUGUAACGAGCCAAGUGUAUAUUAGUAACGUAUUUUUAUGUACCGCAGUCUCAUCCUUGAUAGACAUUGAUCAUUUUAUUUUGGCGAAAUCAUUCCAUUUUGCGGACCUGGCGAGUUUAAACCGACGAGGUAUAUUCCAUUGCAGCACAUUCUGGAUUAUCAUCACAACACUCCUGCUUUUAUAUGGUCGAGUAACUCACAAAAUAAAUAUAUACAUAUCGGCAUUUAUGGUCAUAAUAGCAUUUACAAGUCACCACAUUAGAGACGCUAACCGGAGAGGUUUAUGGCUGUUCCCGUUCGGACAUACCCCUCCGAUAAAUAAAUAUAUAUACAUACCUUCGACUUGUUUGUUGCCGAUGACCUUGGCUUAUAUUUACAAUACAUGUAAACCGUAUACGUACAGUGUUAGUCGGGAGAUUGUUUGAUACAAAUCAGAUUGAUUCCUUACUCAUAUGGUUUUGAUGGGGAUCAAUAAACUUACUUCGACUAAAUUAUUAUUUGCGCCCCCCAUAUUUUGUCUAUUGCCCAUUAUGAGAAUAAAUUUGAUUUAGCACCCCUUUAUUUUAACCUACUGAACAAUAUCUAUAACUUAUCCUAGCUAAAUGAGAUUACAAAUCACUCAGGCCUCUACACAACGCCACAUCUCUUUGCGGGUCUCUUACCGCCUCACGCCUGCAGCGCCCGCGAGGGGGCGUCUCGCCCGCUUUGCCUAAUUCUUGUUUAUUAUGCAAAUAAUAUUUUAGUUACGUAUAAAUGUGAAAGUUUACAUUGAAUUUUUUUUUUUACGUAUAAAUAUAUAUUUUUUCGUCACAAUAAUUUUAUUUAUAAAUUAUUAUUAAUAGCAAAAUCUAUAUUUAUUUAAUUUGAUCUUAUUGGAUCGUUUUUUUUUUUUUUUGUAAUUUGACAUAUUACGUCAUCGUGACCCAAUGAUCGGAAUUAAUGUCGCGUGAUAAGGAAUUUAAUCGUGAGUUACUUUUAUUAUGAACUAUUAAAAUAUAUUAGUAAA